AUGGUUGAGCCAAUUGCUAUCAUUGGGACAGGUUGUCGGUUUCCAGGAGGAUCGGACACGCCCAGCAAGCUGUGGGAGCUGAUCAAGGACCCACGUGACCUGUCAAGCAAACCGCCAGCAUCGCGCUUCAACAUCGAUCCGUUCUACCACCCAGUUGGCGCCCAUCAUGGAACCACAAACGCCACCCAGUCAUACUGGCUGGAGGAGGCAGAACGAACAAGUAUUACCAAGUUCGAUGCUGGGUUCUUCAAUAUUCAACCAAGCGAGGUUGACGCGAUGGACCCACAGCAACGGGUCCUUAUGGAGGUUGUGUAUGACAGUCUUUGUGCCGCAGGCCAACCCAUGGAGAACCUAAGAGGAUCUAAUACUGCCAUCUACGUUGGUAUGAUGUCCGAUGACUGGAACACCAUGGUCACCCGUGACUGGGAGACCCUACCGCGAUACACGGCCACGGGUUUGGAACGGGGUAUUAUGGCAAACCGCGUCUCGUACUUCUUUGAUUGGCAUGGCCCGAGCAUGACUCUUGACACUGCGUGCUCGAGUAGUCUGGUUGCUUUGGAUCUGGCUGUGCAAAUCGUGCGCAGCGGCAAAUCCAAGGUUGCCGUCGCAGCGGGUACGAACUUGAUUUUGAGCCCUGCAAUGUACAUUUCAGAAAGUAACCUCGGUAUGCUUUCCCCCAACGGCCGUUGUGCUAUGUGGGAUACCGCAGCCGAUGGAUAUGCUCGUGGCGAGGGAGUGGCUGCCGUGAUCGUAAAAACACUUUCCCAGGCACUUGCCGACAACGAUCCGAUCGAGUGCGUUAUUCGUGAAGUUGCCGUCAACCAGGAUGGGAAGACCUCUGGCCUCACGGUGCCCAGCAACGUGGCGCAGACUGCCUUGAUUCGCGACUGCUAUUCCCGCGCUGGACUCGAUCCCAUCAACAAUUUGCAAGACAGACCCCAAUUCUUCCAUGCCCAUGGCACUGGUACCCAAGCCGGUGAUCCACAAGAAGCAGAGGCUAUCUCGAAUUCUCUCUUCCCUGUCGGAUCUCCUGCCGCCCAGGAUGCGGAGACUUUGUUCGUCGGCUCAAUCAAGACGGUCAUCGGUCAUACGGAGAGUACAGCCGGCCUCGCCAGUGUUAUCAGCACAUCACUUGCCAUGCAAAAUGGUAUCAUUCCACCGAAUAUGCACUUCAAGAAUUUGAGUGAUCGCGUCGCACCUUUCUUCAAUCACUUGAAGAUACCUACAUCUCCAACCCCCUGGGCUAUUGUCCAAGGCCAGACGCGAAGAGCAAGCGUGAAUAGCUUCGGCUUCGGUGGCACAAAUGCUCACUGCAUUCUGGAAGAAUACACCCAAACCCGUGAAAUGGUCACGUCGGUCAAUGAGAUUUUUGCUCCCCUCGUCUUCUCAGCGGCCUCGGAAUUGGCGCUGCGGCAAAUGCUUUCUGAUCAUCUCGAAUAUUUCAAGGAUCACCCAGAUGUUCCGAUUCGAGACGUUGCCUACACUCUGCAAGACCGUCGCUCAACAUUGCCAUACCGCAAGGACGUCUUUGCUCCAACAGUCCAGGAUGCAAUUGUUGCACUCGAAGCUUUGAGUCGCACCGAUUCAGAAACCGAAGAUAUGAACACUCGAUUCAAAAGCCUCAACGGCCCCGCAAAUCUGUUGGGGAUAUUCACUGGCCAAGGCGCACAAUGGCCGCGAAUGGGAGCUCGCCUUAUCGAGUCGUCUCCGUUUGCUGCGUCGCGCAUUGCCGAGUUGGACGAAGCUCUCCAAAGCAUUACUUCCGCUGAAGACCGACCCAGUUGGAAAAUUCGCGACGAGCUUCUCGCAUCGAAAGAAAAUUCUCGGCUUGCGGAAGCAGCUCUGUCGCAACCCCUGUGCUCGGCUGUGCAGAUUCUCCUAGUUGACAUCCUUCGAGCAGCCGGCAUCAAAUUUACAGCGGUAGUUGGUCACUCAUCGGGUGAGAUUGGAGCUGCUUAUGCUGCUGGUUUUCUUUCUGCCAAGGAUGCGAUCAGAAUAGCAUACUUCCGUGGUGUGCAUGCCAAACUAGCUGCCAGUCCCAGCCCCGAUGCUCCCCGCGGAGCUAUGAUGGCAGUCGCCGAGUCCCCAGAUGCGGCCCGGGAGAUUUGUGCCAAUAAUUUCCAGGGGCGGCUGCAACUUGCAGCAAUUAAUUCCAGCUUCAGUGUCACGAUCAGUGGAGAUGAAGAUGCCAUUGACGCAGCUGAAAGCCUUUUAAAGGGGAAGGGCAUGUUUGCUCGCAAACUGAAAGUAGACACUGCCUACCACAGUGCUCAUAUGACUCCCUGCGCCGACUCAUACUACAACUCGCUUCAAAAAUGCGACAUACAACCGUUGUCGCAAUCAACAGAUGCACCAACCAUAUGGUAUUCAAGUGUUUACAACGGGGAGGUCAUGGAUCAAUCUCGUGUGACGAACCAGUAUUGGGUUGACAAUAUGUGCCAGACUGUUCUUUUUGCUGAUGCCUUGACGGAGGCAGUCAGAAACAACGGCUCUUUCGAUAUUGUCAUUGAGGUCGGUCCUCAUCCUGCUCUCAAAGGCCCCGCUACUGCUACUAUCAAUGGAGAGACAACCACGCCGUAUACCGGUGUUUUGGCUCGCGGUCAGAACGAUGUCGCCGAAAUUGGGAAUGCACUUGGCUUCGUCUGGAAGCAAUGUGGUUCGAAAAGUGUGCAGUUCUCUGCGGUGGAAAAACUGUUGUCUGUCAAUGGCCAGGAACCACUUGUCCUGAGAGACCUACCUCCGUAUCCCUUUACUCACCAAACCGACUACUGGACUGAUAGUCGCCUCGCAAACCACUUCAAGCACAGGAAUCCGGCUCAUGUUUCAAAUGCAGUUCUCGGAUCUCCUUGUGUGGAGGCGACAACCCCAGGGGAAUUCCAGUGGCGGAAUAUCUUGCAACAAAGCGAAAUGCCUUGGUUGAGUGGCCACGCACUGCAGGGUCAAACCGUCUUCCCGGCCACUGGGUAUGCUUCAAUGGCCCUCGAGGCUUUAAAAAACAUUGCGUUUGAGCUGCGACCUGGAGCUGCACUUUCACUGAUGAAACUUAUCGAUCUGGAUAUUCCACGCGCGAUCGCAUUUGAUGACGACGAUAUGAGUGUGGAAACAAUAUUCAGUGUAUCAUCAGUGGCCUUCUCAGACGCCAAAAUGACGGCUGACUGGGCGUGUUACUCCGCGGCGAGAGAUGGAACCAUUCUAUUAAAUGCCAAGGGAGGCGCAUUGGUGGUAAUGAACUCUGCAAGGGCUGAUACACUGCCCAUUUCCAGGGCAGAACCUUACAAUCUGGUUCCUGUUGAUGAAGACCAAUUCUAUGAGAGUCUGACUCGUGUGGGAUACAAUUACGCCCACCCUUUCCGUGGCGUUUCAGAUAUCCGUCGCAAACCCGGGUACAGCGUGGGUACACUCUCCGAUCAGUCCGAAGAUGAUGGCCUUGUUCUCCACCCGGGGCUCCUGGAUUCAGCACUUCAAUCUGUGUUUGCGGCCUGGGCCUACCCGGGCGAUACCCAGUUGUGGUCUCUACACGUUCCGGUUUCAGUGUCCAGUAUCACUAUCAACCCAUACUUUACAUCUCUCGGUGAUGCUGGCAAACAAGCCACCAUGGAAUACGAAUCUUCUGUUCGUCAACAGUCAACAGCAGGCGUCACUGGAGAUGUUUAUCUCUAUGCGGAUGAUUCGAAAUAUGCGUUCGUUCAAUUCGAAGGCGUGAAGCUUGUUCCCUUUGCACCUGCCAUGCCCAAGAAUGACAUGCCUAUGUUUUCUCGUUUUGACUACGCAAUCGCUGUGCCUGAUGGACAGCUUGCUGGGGCCGGGGAGACAUUGACCGACUAUGAAGUGCAGCUUUACAAGGACGUCGACAGAGUGUCGUACUGGUUCCUCCGCAACGCGUCACUUUCAAUCCCUACCAAAGACCGCAGCGGUCUUCUGCCACAUUACCAGAGAUACCUGGCUUGGUGCGACCGCAUGGUCGGCAUGGUCGGCAGUGGUGGCCACAACAAGGUGUCUGCUUCAUGCAACCAUGAUAGCCGCUCCGACAUCGAAGAGAUUCUCUCUUGUUAUUCCGAUCGAAAAGAUGUCCGUUUCGUUCAGGUUGUCGGUGAUAACCUGAUUCAAACCAUCAAUGCCGGCAACUCAAUGCUGGAGCAUAUGAACCAAGAUGGACUUCUUCGUGCUUUCUACGAAGAAGGCGCAAUCUGCUCUGGUCCGACCGGUCGCUGGCUCGCUCGAGUUCUCGCUCAAAUUUCGAAAAUUCACCCCGGCGUAAAUAUUUUCGAAGUUGGCGCGGGUACCGGAGCCACUACCUCUGCGGUUUUGGAUGCCCUGGAAGGCCGUUAUGCAUCGUACACUUUCACUGACAUUUCGAGCGGAUUUUUCAUGGCGGCCGAAGAGCGAUUCGGUCAACAAAAUGCCCAUCGGAUGACGUUCAAGACUUUCGAUAUGGAGAAAGAACCUGGAACCCAGGGAUUCUCGGACGCGUCUUAUGAUGUAGUUGUCGCUGUGAAUGUGCUGCACGUGUCUGCUGAUAUUGAGGCAUCUCUCUCGAACGUCCGACGGCUAUUGAAGCCCGGUGGCUUCCUUGUAACGGCCGAGUUGACUUCCACAGAUCUUUUGUUCAGUGGAAUGACCGUCGGCACACUCCCUGGUUGGUGGAUUGGAGCUGAAACGGGUCGCCCUUGGGGUCCGUUGUUUACACUGGGGCAGUGGGACAGUGUCCUCAAAAACACGGGAUUUGCCGGAAUCGACACCGUUAGUCCCGACAUUAGCGCCUCUUUGCCCAUGAGCGUCUUCGUGGCUCAAGCAGUGGAUGAUCACGUGUCAUUGCUGCGCAACCCUCUUUCUGUCCAAGUUCAUCCUGCUGGAAUUCGAACCGACGUCCUAGCAAUCAUCGGUGGAACGACAUGGCCGGUUUACAAACUCAGCCAGGAAGUCUACGAGACCAUGGGUCAUCGCUUCCAAUCUAAGCGGCUGUUCAACACCGUUGAGGAAUUUGCUAAAUCCGACUUGGCCAAAAUGACUGAGGGGUCCAGAGGACUCACAGUUCUGUCUCUUGCGGAUCUUGACCGACCAUACCUGGAAGGUCUAACAGCCGACAAACUUGACAGUCUCAAGACGUGCACAAAUGCCGGUGUAUUGGUUUGGGUGACAUGUGGCUCCCGUGAUGAUCAGCCUUACAGCUCCAUGAUGACUGGCAUUGCCCGCACCAUCCGUACAGAGAGUCCUGGGUUGAACAUCUUGACGUAUGACCUGGACUCCUCCGUGCAAAAUGGAAUUCAUUCGAGUACGGCAGCUGAUCUCUCGGCAACUGUCCUCCGCCAAGUGGCUCUGACUAACUGGGGUACCGAUUCCAUGCUCUGGUCACUGGAACCCGAUAUUUAUAUUCAGAACGGACGUCAGCUGUUCUCUCGCAUUGUUCCCGACCGCGAAAAGAAUGACAGAUACAACUCCCAGCGACGCAAUAUCCUGACUCCCGCUAAUCUCUCCAAUGAAAACGUCGAAUUGGUUGGCGUCGGAUAUGGUAACGAGCAGUCUAUUGAGCUUCGUCGCGUCUCACCUUUAGCUGUGACCGACUCGCCGAUAAUAGCAACGCGUACGAUUCGCAUCACCCACUCCCUUUUGCAAAGCGUCGCUGUCGGAGCUGGAGGCUUUGUUCGUGUGUGCGCUGGUGUUGAUUUGGCAACCCAGCAACAUGUUUUGGCUCUGACUGAUUCAAGCCAGUCUGAUGUUCAGGUUCCAGAAGACCUGUGCAUCUCCGUCUGUACAUCUAUGAUCUCUUCUAAGAUCGUGGCUGUGGGCGCUCAGCUUAUCGCUGACCGUCUUUUGUCUCUCACCUCGCGAGGAAGUACGCUGAUAAUCAACGAGCCCGAUCUCAUCGUUCAGACGGCAAUUUGCGCGAAAGCCUCUGCAAAAAACAUCCAUGUCGUUUGCGUUACGUCCAACGCUGCCAACGGCCAAACCAAUCAAUGUGUAUACCUCGACCCCGGCUCGCCAGUUCGUGUUGUUCAAUCAUUGGUGCAAAACUGCUCUGUGUUUGUGCACUUCUCGCGCGGCGUGGCCUCUGAUGCUGUGCGUGAUUUGGUUGUGGAAAGUCUGUCUUCAUCUUGUCUCGAGAUCACUGAGGAGAUGUUGGUCAGUCACAAGGUUGAUACACUGUCACCCUUAGGCGAUUUGGCAAACUUACUCAAGGAAUCAUUUUCUAACGAUACUCUUGGCCUUCCGUCGGUUGACGGGGUUGACCUGACUGAUGUUACCUCACACAAAGCAAUUGGGGAGACCUUGGCUGUGGUAGACUGGACGAACUCUCAGUCUGUGCUGGCCAUGGUACAGCCCAUCGACUCCCAGCCAAUCUUCAGAAGCGACCGAUCCUAUCUCUUUGUCGGCAUGACUGGCGAGCUUGGCCAAUCACUCGCCGGGUGGAUGAUCGCCCAUGGAGCCCGCUUCAUCGUUCUCACAAGCCGCAGACCUACAGUCAACACUAGCUUUGUUGAUGACAUGUAUGCUCGAUACGAAGCCGUUGUCAAAGCAGUUCCAUUGGACAUCACCUCUCCGGAAUCGCUGCAGUCCGUGCUUGCUUCGAUGGCCGCAGCACUUCCGCCCAUCGCUGGUGUUAUAAAUGGUGCCAUGGUUCUGAGCGAUGAACUGUUUGCGAACAUGUCCUUCGAGCAAUUCUCCCGGGUGACGAAGCCCAAGGUUUUGGGAACGCAACUACUUGAUGAGGCUUUCCAUAAAGCCGAUCUCGAAUUCUUCAUCGUCGCCUCCAGUAUCUCGUCGGUCAUCGGUUGGAGUGGACAAAGUAACUACUCGGCCGCUAAUGAGUUUAUGACGUCACUAGUAAACAAAAGACGCAAGCGUGGCGUGGCUGGAUCGACAAUGAACAUUCCUGCGGUUCUCGGCGUGGGAUAUGCUGCUCACUCCGAGACGUUCGAUUUCGAUUACUUCCAGUCCCUCGGUUACAUCAACAUCAGUGAACAUGACCUGCAAGUUCUCUUUGCAGAGACCAUUCUUACUGGACGACCUGGUCACGCAGAGGAUUCUUCUUCCCAGGUUGUGAUGGGCAUCAAUCAUGUCCGUCGGGACUUGCAAGUGACGGAAGCUCACCGCCGUGACGUGAAAUUCAGUCAUUUUAUUCUCAAUAAGGAUGUCGACUCCGAAGUUCAAGCACAUGAAGCAGCUGUCCGGGUGCGCGUUCAGUUGCAGUCGGUAAAGACCGCUGAUGAAGCCUACUCCGUCACUCGAGAUGCAUUCAUUGGCUAUCUCAAGCGCAUUCUUCGCAGGGCCGUUGACGAGAUUAUUGAGGAUUCAAUGACCCUAGUCGAGCAAGGAGUUGAUUCCCUGGUGGCUGUUGACAUCCGCGCUUGGUUCCUGAAAGAGCUGGAGGCCGAUGUCCCGACCCUCAAGGUCAUGAGCGGCGGAUCUAUCUCUGAGCUGGUGAAAACAGGUCUUGGAAAGAUGCCAGGCCUAGAAGACAGUGUUCCCUCAGACCCCGUGAUUCCUUUUGAAAACAAAGUCCAACGUCCACCACGAAUGAUUCAAGAAGAACGUUCACGAUCCACUUCCGGAAACCAAAGUCGAUCUUCGUCGCCUCAAACUGGAAGUUCGCUCUUCACGCCGGCGCAGGAUUCAUUGCCUACGCUUUCUGAUGAUGGUACUGCGCAGACCCCACCCCCCUCGGGAGACUACUUUCCCGAAAUUCUCGUUGAUUCGAAGAUUCCAGGAUGGCAAGGUCCUGGGGCGGAAGAUGUGGAGAUUUUGAAUGCUUAG